CACAUUAUCUAACGAGUUCCAGUCUUCGUGAAGUAACGUACUUGGAGACGCUGAAUUUCACCUUCCUCCAAUUCACGAUCUCUCUGUGGGUGGCUUUCAUAUUCAGUAGAAGAACACAGAUCCUCCCGCAAUCCUCUCCAAUCGCGUCGUUCACCAAGAUAAUUUUUUUAAGAUCUUUUUGGAGGGUCUGGUGAACCAAAAGAGGUCUAGAAGAAUCAAGUGGUGGUCUUGGUGGGGCUUGUCCUCGUGUAGGUCUCUACAGUUGAAUCUAACCACUAUCAGAUCAUAACCAGCAAAGCAAAGGCAACAAUGGACGAGCUGAGAUCGGCUUUGGAAGAACACAUGAACCAAAUGGCUGAUCUAGUAGACAAAUUAUCCGUGGAGCUCCGCUCUGGCCUCAGACCUGCCUACGAGAACUUCAUUGGUUUUUUCCAUGCCAUUGACUGGAAGGAGCCUUGGUUAAUGAGCUUACUGGGUUUCCAUCUGGUGUUACUGAUAGUAACUAUAAUUUCAAGGAAGAAUACCAACUUCCAGAUGUUUUUAUUCCUUCUGUCAUUGGCUGGAGUAUAUCUUGCUGAGAGGCUCAAUGGUAUCCUGAGGGACAACUGGAGGAACUUUGCAACCCAGAAUUAUUUCGACCCACAAGGCGUUUUUCUCUCAGUUCUUUGGUCUGGACCUCUUCUAGUCAUUGCACUGAUAAUUUUGAUAAACACCCUCUUUUCCUUAUGUUACCUGAUUGUUAGAUGGAAGAGAGCUGAUUUAAGACACCGGGCAAGGCUUUCUCGUAACAAGCAGGAUUGACUCUCUAGCUAUACAACUUUCUGGGGAAGAUACUUUUUAGUACGAGGGGUAUUUCACAAUUUUGUAGCAGUUACAUACUGUCAUAUUGAGCUGCUUCUGUGCACCUGGUUGUGCUGUGUUUACAAGUUUGUAGUGGUUUCACAAUAAAACUUGUAGGUCUUCUCUCUGGAUUUUACUUCUCUCCCAUUAUAUUCUUUUGUCCGGAUUCAAUUUCUAUGCUUCAAACUACAUAACCAUCUGAAAAAAUUGCACCAA